AAACAUUUGUGGCCGAUAAAACAUUUUUAUUUUAGGAAACUUAAACUUUUCAUUGAAAAUGGCCACUUCACUAAUUAAAAUAUCAUCAGCCCUGCUGAAUUCGAGCAAGAAUUUGCGCUGCGUUGUGCGACUUGUUAACCAAAAUAAUUUCUCCACCACAAAUGUUGCCGCGCGCAAGGAGCGCGACACGUUCGGCGAGCUGGACGUGCCGGACGACAAGCUGUAUGGCGCCCAGACCGUGCGAUCUGUCAUGAACUUCCCCAUUGGCGGCAUCGAGGAACGUAUGCCGUAUCCUGUCAUCGUGGCAAUGGGUAUUCUGAAGAAGGCGGCGGCCAAAGUCAACACCGAAUACGGCCUUGACAAGAAAAUUGCGGAGGCGAUAAUGCAGGCGUGCGACGACGUGAUAUCGGGCAAGCUGUACCGCGAGGGCCACUUCCCGCUCGUCAUCUGGCAGACCGGCUCCGGCACGCAGACCAACAUGAACACUAACGAGGUAAUCGCCAAUCGCGCUAUCCAAAUCCUUGGCGGCAAGCUCGGCAGCAAAGAUCCCGUUCAUCCCAACGACCACGUCAAUAAAUCCCAGAGCUCCAACGACACUUACCCGACGGCGAUGCACAUUGCCGUAGCCAUGGAGCUGAGGGAUCGCCUGAUGCCAGGUCUCGUGGCCUUGAGGGAUACGCUAGAUGCCAAGUCCAAGGAGUUCGAGAAGAUUAUUAAGAUUGGCAGGACCCAUCUCAUGGACGCCGUGCCUCUCACCCUUGGCCAGGAGUUCAGCGGAUACGCGGCGCAACUGUCAUACGGUGUGGAACGCGUCUGUACUGUGCUGCCCCGCCUCCACUACUUGGCACUAGGUGGCACCGCUGUUGGCACCGGUCUGAAUACGCGUAUUGGAUUCGCGGAGAAGUGUGCUAAGGAGAUUGCUAAUCUUACUGGCAUUCCGUUCGAGACCGCGCCCAACAAGUUCGAGGCCCUCGCGACCAAGGACACGAUGGUGGAAGUCCACGGAGCUCUGAACACCCUCGCGGUGUCCCUGAUGAAGAUAGCCAACGACAUCCGGCUGCUGGGGUCCGGGCCGCGCUGCGGGCUGGCCGAGUUGAUGCUGCCGGAGAACGAGCCGGGCUCCUCCAUCAUGCCGGGCAAAGUUAACCCGACCCAGUGCGAAUCCAUGACGAUGAUAUGCGCUCAGGUGAUGGGCAACCACGUGGCGUGCACCAUCGGCGGCAGCAACGGCCACUUCGAGCUCAACGUGUUCAAGCCCAUGAUCGUCUCCAACGUGCUGCGCUCCAUCCGCCUGCUGGGUGACGGGUGCCAGUCGUUCAACAAGAACUGCGUGUCGGGCAUCAAGGCUAACGUGAAGAAUAUUGAUAAGAUCAUGAAGGAGUCGCUAAUGUUGGUCACCGCGCUCAACCCGCACAUCGGAUACGAUAAGGCUGCACAGAUCGCCAAGACAGCGCACAAGGAGGGCGGUACUCUCAAGGACACUGCCAUCAAGCUAGGCAUCCUCACGGCUGAGCAGUUUGACCAGUGGGUCAGACCUGAGGACAUGUUGGGACCCAAGUGAACACCUAAUUGAGGGGGGGGGGGAAUGUUCUGUUACCAUAAAGAAGGCUGAUGUACGGCUUUUGAGGGGCAUAUAUUUUCAAGUAGCUGACCUGGCAAAUGUUGUUUUGCCAUAUAAAUUAUUUCUAAA